AUGUCCGCUCUGUUUUUGCUGGGCCUGCUCUCUCUGGUCUGCACCAAUAAUGGUAAUCUUCAGAGGUUUCUCAUAGAGCCUUCGGCGCUAUGUUAUAAAUGUAAAAAAUUUCAUCUUGGGUUGUGCUAUGACGUCAUGAAAUCCUGCCAACUGCAGUAUCAGCAGUCCUGUGCUACUGAGAACAUUUACAUCCUUACAAAAAGAGGGAAGAGUAUAUACUAUUAUUCAACACUGUCAUGUAUGACCAACUGUGAGGACAUCAACUUCUUGGACUUGGAGAAGAGGACAGAGCUCAUCUGUUGCAACCAUAGUAACUAUUGCAACCUCCCCGAGGGAGCCUAG